AUGCCGAAGGUGACAAAGCCAGUAACAUUGAGCGGCCUUAGCUCUACGCAGAGGCAAAAGGUAACGCCCUUUCGUGCCCAGGUCCUCAGUGCACUCUGUAAAGUCCCCGAAGGAAAAGUGACUACCUACAAAUCCCUCUCCCGCCACAUUGGAUGCAAUUCCAGUCAAGCCAUCGGACAAGCUUUGAAACAUAAUCCAUUUGCACCCGAGAUCCCGUGUCAUCGAGUGGUAAAGACGGACCGAACCAUUGGAGGAUUUGGGGGUAUGACGAGCGGAACCAAAAUUGAAAGAAAAAUUGCACUGUUGAAGUUGGAAGGCGUCCAGUUUUCCAAGGACGGGCAAACGAUCGUUGAGGAAUGCAUUUACGAUUAUGAUUAUGAUAGCACUAGUAAUUAG